AUGUUCUCCGGCUCGAACGCGUACCUCGGUGGCGGCAACAGUGCGCGCCAACCGUACGGGCAACAGCAGCAACAGUCCACCUUCACCGGACAGCCAUCACCUUUCGGCGCGCAGCAGACCGGCUUCGGUCAAGCACCACCGCUGCAGGCACAGUAUACGGGCUACCCGGCCGCCGGUGGACUGCAACCUCAAGCGACAGGUUAUGCGCCUCAGCAGCAACCUUCGCAAUUCCAACCACAGCAGCCGCAGUUCACAGGCUUCCAACAGCCGCAGGCCACUGGCUUCCAAGCCCAGCAGCCUCCUCAACUGCAACCGCAACAAACCGGCUUUCAGUUGAGCCAGCCGCCGCAACAGCCUCAGCAGAAUGGCAUUCCAAGCAUCCCGCCGCCGCCGCCCGCAGAACCACAACGUCCGCAGCCUACGGGCAUGACCAGCAGCGACAUCGCCAACUCCUUCCGCGGCACCUCGGGCGCGGCCCAAACCGCUUCACCGGCAAACACCUCUACGCAGGCGCGCAAGAUCCCGAACAUUCGUCUUUCCUUCAUCACCGCGCAGGAUCAAGCCAAGUUCGAGCAGCUCUUCAAGAGCGCGACUGGCAGCGAACAGGCGCUUAGCGGCGACAAGGCCAAAGAUCUGCUCUUGCGGAGUAAGCUGGACGGCAACAGCUUGGCACAGAUAUGGACGUUGUCCGACACAACCAAGUCUGGCCAGCUACUGUUUCCGGAGUUCGCGCUGGCUAUGUACCUUUGCAACUUGAGCCUGUCGGGGAAGACACUACCAACGAGCUUGCCGGAAAGGGUGAGGAACGAGGUCAGCAGCAUGGUGGAUAUCAUCAGCUUCGGUGUCCCAGACGACAGACCAGCUGCGCAACCAACGAGCAAUGCACCAAACUUCAGCGAGCCGCCAAAGAUACAGCAGCCGCAGGCGCAGAACCCUAACAACCAGCAGCUGUUGAGCGCUUUGACUGCGCAGCCCACCGGUUUUCAGGUUCCGCAGGCUACUGGAUAUGCGCAGCAGCUGCAGCCGCAACAGACGGGCUUCAUGGGCGGCAUGCCGCAAGCGACUGGCUAUAGCGGACCUCGACCGCCUAUGCCACCAAUGCCAACGGGAUUCAGUCAAACGCAAACGCUGUCUCCACAGCAGACGGGCUUUCAAGGCCAGCUGGCCGCACCUCUCAACGCUCAACCAACCGGGCGGCCAGGCCAAUGGGGUCUCGUCAACGCCCCUGCUUCCGGCCUCCCCAAUCUUCAAGCACUUCGGUCACAGAUGAUGCCGCAGCCUGGUCGGGAAGCAGGAUACUCCUCCCAAGGACUCCGCGGCAAUGCCACGGUCCCUUGGGCUGUAACGAAGGAGGAAAAGCGUAUCUACGACGACAUAUUCAAGGCUUGGGACGGCCUCGGCAAAGGAUACAUCACCGGUAAGACGGCCAUUGAGAUCUGGGGCCAGUCCGGCCUCGAGCUUGACACCCCCGACAUGGAGCGUAUCUGGACCUUGAGUGACCCCAACAACAAGGGCAGUCUGAACUUGGAUGAAUUCGCGGUUGCAAUGCACUUGAUCUACCGACGCUUGAACGGCUAUCCUGUGCCGAACCAGCUACCGCCUGAGCUUGUGCCUCCGAGCACGAGGAACUUGAAUAGCAGUAUUGACCGGAUGAAAGGCUUGCUGAACGAAGACGCGCAGGAGCGGAAGAGCACGGGGGCGUUCCUGCAGCCGCAGAAGACUGGUGUGUCGUACCUCAAAUCCCACUCUUUCCGCGAGGCCAACGGAACGACGAGAAAAGAUGCGACCGUGUUCAAGAACAACGACGAAGACGUCGGCUACCGUUCUUCCGCCCGUCGUAGGAUCGGCGGUGACGGUGGCCGCUCGCCAAGUCCCGCCAGUAGUACCGGUACUGGCGCAGGUGCGGACGACAUGAGCAUCGAGCAGCUGAAGAAAACGAUCCGAGAGAAGCAGAUCUUGCUCGAUGCUAUGGACUUUGAGGACGAGAAUCAUGCGGAUGAGGAAGAUGCGCUGGAUCGGAAGGAUCGCAAGGAAGCGGAAGAGCUGUUCAGACGGAUUAGGAGGCUUCAGGAGGAUAUCGAUGCGCAUCCUGCUAGUGUGUACAAGUCUUCCGAUUCCGAGGCGGAGAGACGGGCGUUGCAGAGGCAGUUGCGAGGCUUACAGGAUCGAUUGCCGGAGCUUGCGAGUCAUGUGCGGAAGUGCGAGAGAGCGAUCGCGGAGGCGCAGAUUGAGCGGUUCAGGCUCAAGGAUGCGAAGGCGCAUCCAGGCGCGGCUGCCCAGGCUAUCGUUGGUACAGGGCCGGGUGGACAGGUUACGGAAAGCGAUCGGUUGAGAGCGCGAGCAAAGGCGAUGAUGCAGCAGCGGUCUGCCGCUCUGUCUGGCCGGAAAGUGGAGGUCAGUGAUGAUGGCAGUGUCGCGGCGAAGAGACUGGAAGACGAGCAGAAACGUGUCGACAGGGAGAAGGAGGAUCACGAGAGUAUGGUCAGAGAUGUGGAGGAGAGUGUAGGGGAGUAUUCACGCGGUCUGGAGCAAGGUCUGAAGGAGGGUAGUGAGAGCAAAGGGGACGAGCAUGAGCGAAGACGGUGGGAAGAUGGGUUGGGCGUGGAGGAUGAAGUGAAAGACUUCAUCUUUGAGUUGCAGCGGAGCUCAAGAGCGGCGAGAGUAAGGAAUGAGGAGAGAGCUAGGCCUGUAACUGCGACGACGACGACAGCAAGGGACGAAGACAGUUCCGGCACCUCUGCUUCUGUGUCCAGGACUGACAGCCCCGCAUCCGCGCGCACGACGCCACAGACAACAGGGUCAAGCUCAUACUCUUCCUACCGCACGGCUGAAGAGCGAGCAGCUUUCAUCAAACAGCAAGCGGAGCAGCGCAUGGCCGAGCGGCUCGCUGCAUUGGGCCUCAAGACGCCUUCGCGCGCUGGCGCGGAGUCGCCCGCUCAGCGCGCGGAGAGAGAGCGGGCCGAGCGUGAGGCUAAAGUCAAACAGGCGGAGCAGGAGGAUGCGCGGAGGGAGCAAGAGCGACAAGCUCGUUUGCAGGGUGAGGGUAUCGUGCCGCCGAGUCCGGGUUCGAGUGUGGGCGGGAAGGGUAAACCGCCGCCUCCUGCGCCGAGGAAGGGUAGGAGCGAGAGCGAUGGUGGUUUGCAGAAUGGUGGCGCGCAAGCGGCGGCGGAGGCGAAAAGGGCGGAGGAUGGGGUCAGGGAGCAGGCUUUGAAGGAGCAGCAGAGUGCUUUGCAUGAGGAAACUCGGGAUAUGGAAGACGAGGAAGCACGCCAAGAGCGCGAGCUCCAAAAACAGCGCGAAGAGGCUGAGGCCAAUCUCCGGGCACUCGAGGAGCAAGUCAAGGCUGGCAAGCUCAAGAAAGCCGAGGAGAGGAAGCGGAGGGAUGCCGUCAAGAAGGAAGCCGACGAGAAAGAGAGGAGACUUGCGGCUCAACGAGCCGAGAUCGAGGCGGCGAAGGAGCGAGAACGGCAGCUCCGGGCGCAACUGGAGGGUCUGGAUGAUGAGGAUGAGGAGGAAGACGAAUGGGAGAAACAGCACACGCCGGCGGAAGAAGCUGACAACACGCCGACGCAGAGUACGGAGCUACCUGCUCCUGCUCCUUCUGCUGCUCCACCUGCGCCUCCACCCAUGCCACCAACAACGGAUAUGCGUAGUCCGCCCGCGGACGCCGCCACGAGCCCGCCCAACGAAAGCAAGAACCCUUUUUUCCGCUCCAUGAACCACCAACAACAACAGCAGCCAUCUCCAUCAAGCGCGACGACGUCUCCCGAGGCGACAGAGAAGAAAGACACGAAUCCUUUCCACCGCCUCACGAACUCGGACGUCAGUAAAGCGCAGCAAAGCCUUCCCGAUCCCGCCCCGGCGCCUGCUCGCACGCGGAAGACGGCGGCGGCGGAUGAGGAUGAUUGGAGUGUUGUGGAAAGUACAGAUGAUGACGAGGAAGACGAGGAAGAUGGACCCACGGGUGGGUCUGCGAAGCAACUCGCCUCGAUUUUGUUCGGGACUAUGGCGCCGCCGCGGCCGCUUAGUGCGGCUGGCACCACAAGGUCGGCUGGUCCUACCUCGCCGACGCAUGCUUCUUCGACUUUCUCGCCUCCUCCGGCUGCUCCGCCUAUGCCCCCGGUAGGCGCACCCGCCGCUCCGCCCCCGCCUCCCCCGCCUAUGCCUGGUACAGUUGCGCCUCCGCCACCUCCUGGUCCACCUCCGCCGCCUGGUAUGCCUGGAGCAGGGGAGAUCCCUGCGCCGCCUGCAGGUGGUAUGGCGGAUCGGAGUGGAUUGCUACAGCAGAUUCAGUUGGGCAAGGGGUUGAGGAAGGUGGAGACGAAGGAUCGGAGUACGGCUAGUACGGCUGGACGGGUGCUGUGA